ACGGCAGUGGGCGCGCCGGCAAGACCAGCAGCAGCGGCGCGGGGAAGGGGGCGGUGUCGGCGGAGCAGAGCAAGAGACAGGGAGAGAGAAGGAAACACCACAGCUCCUAAAGCUUUCCCUUUGCAUGGGGCUUCUAUGUGGUGGUGGUUGUGAUGGGGGCUUGAACCUGAGUCCUCAAACAUGGUCAUUGCUGGCUUUAACCGCCUUCGGCAAGAGCAGCGGGGCCUGGCUUCCAAAGCAGCCGAGCUGGAGAUGGAGUUGAACGAGCACAGCCUGGUGAUUGAUACGCUCAAGGAGGUAGAUGACACCCGUAAGUGCUACCGCAUGGUUGGAGGGGUACUGGUGGAGCGAACUGUCAAAGAGGUGCUGCCCGCCUUGGAGAACAACAAGGAACAGAUACAGAAGAUCAUUGAGACACUAACACAGCAGCUUCAGGCCAAGGGGAAAGAACUGAAUGAAUUCCGGGAAAAGCACAAUAUUCGCCUCAUGGGGGAGGACGAGAAGCCAACUGCCAAGGAAAACUCAGAAGGGGCGGGGGCCAAGGCCAGCUCCGCUGGGGUCUUGGUCUCCUAGGGACUGAGGCCCAUGUAUUUCUUUUUCUGCCAAGUCCCAUAGCUUCUCAUUUCUUUUAUUAUUAUUAUUUUUUCUCUGUGAUUGUAAUUUUUUUGUUGUUAAUUAAAUGUUUUGGUCAGAACA